AUGGAGAACAACAAGUCGGUGACGCAGUCGAGCCAUUUCGUCAUUUUCAUGCUGGUGUUAUCCUUCUUCCAAUCGAUGUUUGCAAGAGCCUUUCAGAAGGUGUCGAUUGCCUUCCUGAGCCUGAUGGAGGGUCUAUCGAUGAAAAGCACGGCCGAGGAAGAAAUUGCGACCUUCGAUCAGCUCUCCGCGCAUUGGUGGGAACCGAAAGGUCCUAUGGUUUUGCUUCAUAAUCUGAACAAGCUGAGAGUUCCGAUGGUUGUGGAAGGGCUCAUCAAAGCUGGCAAGCUAGAUCGCAAGCAGCGUUACACGACGGACGCCCUCAAAGGCUUCACGAUUUUGGACGUCGGUUGUGGUGGAGGAAUCUACACGGAAGCUCUCGCCAAACUGCACGCGACCGUGGUUGGUAUUGAUCCGGCGCGGCACUUGAUCGAGGUGGCACGAGCACACUCCGAGCAGCAAUCAGACAUCAAGGACCGUUGCCAGUACCACAUGAAAUCGCUCGAGGAGUACUGGGAAAGCGCCAAGGGCAAGUACGAUGUGGUGGUGCUUUCCGAGACGAUCGAGCAUGUUGAGGACAAGAGCACGCUACUGAAGCACAUUUCGGCGGUGUUGAAACCGGGCGGCUCCAUAUUCAUUACCACGUGGAACAAGAGCUUCGUGAGCUGGGCGAUAUCGGUGGUGGUGCUGGAAAACAUUACGAAGCGGCUUCCGAAAGGUUCGCACGAUUUCGAGAAGUUCAUUUCGAUGGACGAAGCGGAGGCUAUGCUCGAGGGCUACAGCUGCCGCACGAUCGAACGCCGACCGUACUACCUGAAGUUCUGGGAGGACGAAUGGGUUUGGGUUCCGUUCCCGCAGAUGGGCUACGCGUUGCAUGCGAUCAAGGAAUGA